AACUAUUGAGCGUCUGACUGAAAGGUACGUGUUCCGUGCGCAUGCGCAGAGCGACCGUGUUUUCCAGCGUCGUAAAACGCAACAUAGCAUUGCGGUCUUUAAGUCUGCAUUAUUCUUUAAUUUUUAUAUUUGUACUUAGUCGUCCAUCGUAUGACAAACUAAACCGCAUUAGUUAUUCGUGUCAGGAUUAACUCAACUCGUCACAGUGAACUUUGAAGCGUCUCUUCUCAGGCUUAGCUUGCUAGCUAGUGGAGCUUGCUAGUUAGCUUAGCUUGUUAGCUGCUCACAAAGAGACGCGGAAGUGAUCAACACAUCGCUAAGCUGAGAUCAAGUGCGUCUGAGAGGAACAUCUUCUCCCUGAGCAACAAAAGUGGAGCUUCAGGAUGGUGCAGGAGGAGCCACAGCCUUUCCACAUUGAAGAGGAAGACGAGAUGCCACAGACCCUGCAAAUUAAAAAGGAAGAGGAAGACCAACUGACCCUCCCUUUGCAGGUGGAAGAGGAGUUCCCAUUGAACCUCAAUUUUAAAGAGGAAGAGGAGUACUCACUGACACCCUAUUUUAAAGUGAAAGAAGGGGACCCACUCACCUCACAUUUUAAAGAGGAAGAAGGGAAACACAGCAUCAGUCAGGAGGGAGAGCAUCUUGAAGGACUGGAGAAGGUUGAUGUCACCAAGAUGCCAUUGACUGGUGUGAUUGUGAAGAGUGAAGAGGAUGAGGUCAAAAGUGAAAGUGAGGAGAAGAGAGAGGCGGAGCCUCCAAGCAGCAGCUCAACUCAACACAUGACAACAGAAGCUGAUGGAGACCACUGUGGAGGAUCACAAGCAGACAAGAUCUUAGCUCCACUAUCAGAUAGUGACGACACAACAUCUCACUCUCCUGACACUGAUGAUGAAGACUCUGAAGAUGAUAAGACAUGUCACACUGACAACACACACUUUACAUGUUCUCACUGUGACAAAACGUUUAAACACCAUUGGGAUCUGAAAGUACACAUGAGAAUACACACUGGAGAAAAACCGUUUUCCUGCUCAAAAUGUGGUAAAGGUUUUGUACAAAGUGGUAAUCUGAAAGUACACAUGAGAACACACACUGGGGAAAAACGUUUUUCCUGCACAGAAUGUGGUAAAGAUUUUGUACUAAGAUACAAUUUGAAAGUACACAUGAGAACACACACUGGAGAAAAACCAUUAAUGUGCUCAAUUUGUGGUCAAAGAUUCACCGACAAGGCACGUUUGAUAAGACACACAAGAAUACACACUUGUGAAACACCUUUUAUCUGUUCAGAAUGUGGCAAAGGUUUUAUGCAAAGUCUCUAUUUGAAAGCACACAUGAGAAUACACACUGGAGAAAAACCUUUGUCAUGUUCAGUCUGUCAUAAAGGUUUUAUACAAUGUGGUGAGUUGAAAAGACACAUGAGAACACACACUGGUGAAAAACCUUAUAUAUGUUCAGUAUGUUGUAAAAGUUUUUUACAACAUAAUGGUUUGAAAAGACACAUGAGAACACACACUGGUGAAAAACCUUAUAUAUGUUCAGUAUGUUGUAAAAGUUUUAUACAAAGUCAGCAUUUGAAAGAACACAUGAGAACACACACUGGAGAGAAAGUGUUGAGUUGCAGUGUGUGUGGUGAAAGAUUUUCUUCUAAGUACCAGUGUAAGAAACACAAGUGUGCUGGAGAGAACAGCAGCAGCAAAUGAAGAUGCAGAAUUUGAAAUAAACUGUCAAAACUUUUGACUUUCUAACAACAUCAGCACAUAUAACAUGUGUGACAUCAUUGUUGUGUGUGAAACACAAUCUUGUUAAUAUUCUUCUAAAAUUUUUAGAUUAGUGCUUUUUCCAGUCAAGUACAUGUUUUAAUAUACCACAUUGUGUACUUUUAUUUAAAAAUGAACAUAACACUGACUGAAAAGGUGAGAAUAAACAGGACAAAACAUGUUACAAAUACAUUUUAUGUGUAUAUACACUACCGUUCAAAAGUUUGGGGUCACAUUGAAAUGUCCUUAUUUUUUAAGGAAAAGCACUGUACUUUUCAAUGAAGAUAACUUUAAACUAGUCUUAACUUUAAAGAAAUACACUCUAUACAUUACUAAUGUGGUAAAUGACUAUUCUAGCUGCAAAUGUCUGGUUUUUGGUGCAAUAUCUACAUAAGUGUAUAGAGGCCCAUUUCCAGCAACUAUCACUCCAGUGUUCUAAUGGUACAAUGUGUUUGCUCAUUGGCUCAGAAGGCUAAUUGAUGAUUAGAAAACCCUUGUGUAAUCAUGUUCACACAUCUGAAAACAGUUUAGCUUGUUACAGAAGCUACAAAACUGACCUUCCUUUGAGCAGAUUGAGUUUCUGGAGCAUCACAUUUGUGGGGUCAAUUAAACGCUCAAAAUGGCCAGAAAAAGAGAACUUUCAUCUGAAACUCGACAGUCUAUUCUUGUUCUUAGAAAUGAAGGCUAUUCCACAAAAUUGUUUGGGUGACCCCAAACUUUUGAACGGUAGUGUAGAUAUUCAGAAACCAUUUUUAUUUUUGUUUGUAAUUGUUAAUGUUAUAGAUGAACUCUUUUAUAUGAUAUACAUACUUGUUUUACAUUUGUUCAUACAUUUGCUUUUGAGUACACAUACUUUCCUCUUAGUUCAUAUUUACUGGUUCACGUCUGAAACAACUUCUGGACCACUUCUGGAAGCAUAUUAUAAUUUACUUUAUACAUAAUUUGAUCAGUUGUGUUUUAUGCAAGAUCAUUUACUUUUAAAAUGUGUGACUUUAUGAAUUAUUUUUUGGGUCUCGAUAAUCCAUUCUAUUAAUUAUCUUUAUUACUCUCUUUUGUAAUAUGAACAUUGUUUUAUAUGUAAGUCCCCUUAAUGCAAUUUGUAGAUUAGAGAAGAUGGCAACAUUAUAUG